AUGGCGAGGAACAAGUUUAGGAUGUCGUUGGGUCUGCCUGUUGUGGCAAUCGUGAAUUGCGCCGACAGCAUGGGCACGAAGAACCUCUACAUCAUAUCGGUGAAGGGGAUCAAGGACCGAUUUAACGGGCUUCCCUCCUCUUGUGUCGGUGGCAUGGUCGUGGCCACCGUCAAGAAGGCACCCGAUCUGCCUAAGAAGGUCAUGCCUGCCAUUAUUGUCUGCCAGCGCAAGCCGUGGCACAGGACGGGCGGAGUCUUCAUGUACUUCGAAGAUAAAGCUGGGGUCAAUGUGAAUCCAAAGGGUGAAAUGGAAGGAUCUGAUAUCACUGGCCCAACUGGAAAGGAGUGUGCUGACUUAUGGCCCAGGAUUGCCAGUGCUGCCAAUGCCAUCGUCCAGACGUUAGGAGUUUGGUCCAGUAAAAGAAUCGCCAAACUUAAGGAGUGA